AUGGCGGAAUAGGAGAGGCGGCCCCUGCGCCCGGAUACAGCGAGUAGAAGCUCAGGAGACUCGCUAAAUGUGCCCCGCUGGAAGCGAGAAUUUCGUCUGUCUGUCAGAGAGAGCCCGGAAAACUUUGAGGAAUUUGGGGCUUCUCUUUGACAUGUAAUUUGGGGGGCCAAGAAAGCCAGCGAUCUAUCACCCCCUCUCCAAAUUGGCCGUCUGCACGGGAUCAUUCCAGUUACCCAGGCCCCCCACCCCGCACACACUCUCGGUUCUUGGGGUGUGUAGAGAGGGGUAGGGGAACAGAACGUGGAGAAAGAGGAAAAAUAAUUGCACUUUUCUGAAAUAUAACGCCACGCGUUUUGGGAGAGGAGUCGUGGGACGUUGGGCACAUGAGUGACCGAUGCUAACUUCGUCCUCUCAGGGCAGAAUGGGUGUGUUCCCGCUGCUCCUGCUCUGCAGUGUGGCCCCCUGGGCCCUCAGCUCAGCACAGACCAUCCCCCCUCCCACAGGUCUGCUCCCCAACCUCACAGCCACAGAAGUCCUCUCAGAGGUCCUCACUCCUGCCCCCACACUGACCAAUGGCACCCAGCCCACACCGCCCCCACCCCCGCCCGCCGACCCCCCACAACCCGUCGACCCCCCCGUCACCCCGGCCCCCACACAGCCUCCCCCCCCAACAGUGGCCACCUCUGCGGCCCCCACCCCCCCUCCCGUGGCCCCCCCAGACCCUCGUAUGGUGGACCCCCCGGCCCCCGACCCCCCCACGGACCCCCCCGUGACCCAGCCGCAGCCUCCGGCGCCCCCCACCACCCCGGGCCCUGACGCAGAGCCGGACCAGAACCAGAACGUCACCACGGCCGAGCCGGUGGUUCCCGUCAUGGAGACGACGGCCGAACCCGCGGACGAGACCUCGUCGGAGGCGGAAAAGGAGGUCACCACGGUGACGCUGGUCCCGCCUGCUAUCACGCCUCCAGGUGGCGGUGAAGACACGCCCAUGUUGGCAGUGAUUGGCUGUGAUUGGCUGUGA